AUGGCCAAGUUGAUCCUGUCUGUCGCUGUUUUGUUUCUCUGUGGAGCUCUGGUGGCUGGGGAGAGGGACGUCCGCAACCUAGCUCUACUGCAGACAUUGCUGGGAAGUGCCACAGGGGGAUCCACGCUGCCACCCUCCCCUCUCAAGACUCUGUUUGAUUCGUUGAUUGCCAAGUUGAAGGCCGACCCAUUCUACUCAACCCUGGCCAGCAGGAUUACCCUUCUGAACUACAGCACAUACCUGCCACUCAUCCAGACAGCUUUAAGCAAGAAUCCAGCAUUGGCCGCAGUCGUUACUCAGCUGAAAGCUCUUGGCUAGAGUGUGACCUAUACACCUGACCUGAGAUAAGGAAAUGUUAUACAAAGGUUUUGUUUCGUAUCCUAUCUGGCAUUAAAAAAUAUUUUCAAGUUU